AUUAAAGAAAAUAACGCCUGGCAUAAGGCUGUGAUCCUCUUCAUCACUGUGCUUGUUAUCACAGCGAUAGUUGCCCUGGUGACAACAGCAGUAUUGCAGAACCAGCCUCUCCUACAGAAGUACAAGGUACCAGAUUUUUCAGAUUCUGUGGCUUGGAUGGAAAAUGUCAUAAUAUUGUAGUCGUGCCAGUCGGAGAAACUAUAGUAUGCAUUGGUUGAAGCUCGAUGUUGCAUUUAAAUAUCCCUACCAUCAUAUCUAAGCCAAUAUGACACCAAUGUUUAUGAAAAUUCACAAAUCAACUUGAUUGGAGGUACACAGCACACUCCCCACCUCUCCUCAUGAGCUGUCCGGCCAUUACCAAGAACCACAUACCGGAUAUCUUAACAGGGUCGUUGACUAUUUAGUUUUCAGAGUAUUUUCUGCGUCUACCUAGCUCAAAUUCUAGAUGUCGGAUUAAAACGAGACUGUAGCAUCCAUAAAGUGACCAUUGGACUUAAACAAUGUCUGAUUGGCUAAGGUUGUAGGUGCAUCAGUUUUUAUUAAAUGUAUAAUUUAUCACAUGCUCAUUUCUGUCCAUUAAGAACCUAACGAUGUGCUACCAGGACCAGCAACUCGAUUGCUGCGUAACAGCAGCAGCUAGCUAGUAGCAGGCUAGCAGCUGUAGCUAACUAGCUAACACCAGUCAGAUGAGAAGCAAGCUACAAGCAAAGGAAGCUAGCUAGAUAGGUGUAUUUUUCUAUGGAAGGUUUUUCAUAUGGCUGAAGUCAUCUGUGGUAAAAUAAAUCAGAGCACAAACAAACAAGCUAGCGAACGUCCUUGGCUGCUAUUAUAACCAGUUAGCUAGCCAAUUAGCCAGUAGCCAGUAGUCACAAGCCAACGAGACUAUGCCAUACAGUGCCUUCAGAAAGUAUUCACACCCCUUGACUUUUUCCACAUUUUGUUGUCUUACAGCCUGAAUUUAAAAUGGUUAACAUUGAGAUUUUGUGCACUGAUCUACACACAAUAUCCCACAAUGUAAAAAGUGGAAUUUUGGUUAUAGACAUUUUUACCAAUUAUUUAAAAAUGUAAAGCUAAAAUGUCUUGAGUCAAUAAGUAUUUGACCUCUUUGUAAUGGCAAGCCUAAAUACAUUCAGGAGUAAAAAUAAACAAGUCACAUUAAUGUUUUUUUCUCUUAUAUAAUAUGUUGCAUGGACUCACUGUGUGCAAUAAUAGUGGUUAACAUGAUUUUUGAGGGAUUACCCCAUCUCUGUACCCCACACAUACAAUUACCUGUAAGGUCCCACAGUCGAGUAGUGAAUUUCAAGCACAGAUUCAACCACAAAGACCAGGGAGGUGCACAGAUUCAACCACAAAGACCAGGGAGGUGCACAGAUUCAACCACAAAGACCAUGGAGGUUUCCCAGUGCCUCGCAAAGAAGGACACCUAUUGGUAGAUGGGUAAAAAAAAGCAGACACUGAAUAUCCCUUUUAGCAUGGUGAAGUUAUUCAUUACGUUUUGGAUGGUGUAUCAAUACACCCAGUCAUAGGAGGGUUUUAUAAAUAAACAUUGACCAGUGUGUCUUGCGUUAUACAGAGAUGGACAGUUUACAGAUUAUAGAGUGCAGUGAUGUGUCCUAUAAGGAGCAUUGGUGGCAAAUCUGAUGGCCGAAUGGUAUUUUUUAAAAACAUUUUAGUCAUUUUUAGCAGACGCUCUUAUCCAGAGCGACUUACAGUUAGUGAAUACAUUUUUUUUUAUACUGGCCCCCCGUGGGAAUCGAACCCACAACCCUGGCGUUGCAAACGCCAUGCUCUAUCAACUGAGCUACAUCCCUGCCGGCCAUUCCCUCCCCUACCCUGGACGACGCUGGGCCAAUUGUGCGCCGCCCAUGAGUCUCCCGGUCGCGGCCGGCUGCGACAGAGCCUGGAUUCGAACCAGGAUCUCUAGUGGCACAGUUAGCACUGCGAUGCAGUGCCUUAGACCACUGCGCCACUCAGGAGCUGGUAAAGAACAUCUAGCCACUCGAGAGCACCCUUACCUGCUGAUCUAUAACUUACGUCUCCGUAAUCUAGCAUGGGUAGGAUGGUCAUCUGAAUCAGGGUUAGUUGGCUUCUGGGGUGAAAGAGGAGUGAUUACCAUAGAGGAAACCAAGUCUAGAUUUAACCUUAGCCUGCAGCUUUGAUAUGUGCUGAGAGAAGGACAGUGUACCGUCUAGCCGUACUCCCAAGGACUUGUAUGAGGUGACUACCUCAAGCUCUAAACCCUCACAGGCAGUAAAUCCGGGGAGGGGCCAGCUGAAUAUUAGACUGUAUCAUCUGUAUAUAAAUGGAUGAGAGAGCUUCCUACCCCUGGACUUUUUCCACAUGUUGUUGUGUUACAGCCUGAAUUUAAAAUUGAUUAAGUUGAGAUUUUUUGUCAUAAAUGGAAUUAUGUUUUUUGAAACGUUUACCAAUUCAUGAAAAAUGAAAGCUGAAAUGUCUUGAGUCAAUAAGUAUUCAAGCACUUUGUUAUGACAAGCCUAAAUAAGUUCAGAUGUAAAAAUGUGCUUAACAAGUCACAUAAUAAUUAGCAUGGACUCACUUUGUAUGCGAUAAUAGUGUUUAACAUGAUUUUUAAAUGACUACCUCAUCUCUGUACCACACACAUACAAUUAUCUGUAAGGUCCUUACAUUUACAUUUAAGUCAUUUAGCAGAUGCUCUUAUCCAGAGCGACUUACAAAUUGUAAAUAUAUAUUUGUAAAUUAUAAUUAUUAUUAUUUUUAAUUAUUAUUAUUAUUUUAUAUAUUUCGUGGGGGUGGGGUGGGGGAGGUAGAAGGAUUACUUUUAUACUAUCCCAGGUAUUCCCUAAAGAGGUGGGGUUUCAAGUGUCUCUGGAAGGUGGUGAGUGACUCCGCUGUCCUGGCGUCGUGAGGGAGCUUGUUCCACCAUUGGGGUGCCAGAGCAGCGAACAGUUUUGACUGGGCUGAGCGGGAACUGUGCUUCCGCAGAGGAAGGGGGGCCAGCAGGCCAGAGGUGGAUGAACGCAAUGCCCUCGCUUGGGUGUAGGGACUGAUCAGAGCCUGAAGGUAAGGAGGUGCCGUUCCCCUCACAGCUCCGUAGGCAAGCACCAUGGUCUUAUAGCAGAUGUGAGCUUCAACUGGAAGCCAGUGGAGUGUGCGGAGGAGCGGGGUGACGUGAGAGAACUUGGGAAGGUUGAACACCAGACGGGCUGCGGCAUUCUGGAUGAGUUGUAGGGGUUUAAUGGCACAGGCAGGGAGCCCAGCCACCAUAGCGAGUUGCAGUAAUCCAGACGGGAGAUGACAAGUGCCUGGAUUAGAACCUGUGUCGCUUUCUGUGUAAGGCAGGGUCAUACUCUCCGAAUGUUGUAGAGCAUGAACCUACAGGAUCGGGUCACCGCCUUGAUGUUAGCAGAGAACGACAGGGUGUUGUCCAGGGUCACGCCAAGGCUCUUCGCACUCUGGGAGGAGGACACAACGGGGUUGUCAACCGUGAUGGCGAGAUCAUGGAGUGGGCAGUCCUUCCCCUGGAGGAAGAGCAGCUCCGUCUUGCCGAGGUUCAGCUUGAGGUGGUGAUCCGUCAUCCAUACUGAUAUGUCUGCCAGACAUGCAGAGAUGCGAUUCGCCACCUGGUUAUCAGAAGGGAGAAAGGAGAAGAUUAGUUGUGUGUCGUCUGCGUAGCAAUGAUAGGAGAGGCCAUGUGAGGAUAUGACAGAGCCAAGUGACUUAGUGUAUAGCGAGAAUAGGAGAGGGCCUAGAACUGAGCCCUGGGGGACACCAGUGGUGAGAGCACGUGGUGCGGAGACAGAUUCUCGCCACGCCACUUGGUAGGAGCGACCGGUCAGGUAGGACGCAAUCUAAGAGUGAGCCGCGCCGGAGAUGCCCAACUCGGAGAGGGUGGAGAGGAGGAUCUGAUGGUUCACAGUAUCAAAGGCAGCAGACAGGUCUAGAAGGACAAGAGCAGAGGAGAGAGAGUUAGCUUUAGCAGUGCGGAGAGCCUCCGUGACACAGAGAAGAGCAGUCUCAGUUGAAUGACAAGUCUUGAAACCUGACUGGUUUGGAUCAAGAAGGUAAUUCUGAGAGAGAUAGCAAGAGAGUUGGCUAAAUACGGCACACUCAAGAGUUCUGGAGAGAAACGAAAGAAGGUAUACUGGUCUGUAGUUGUUGACAUCGGAGGGAUCGAGUGUAGGUUUUUUGAGAAGGGGUGCAACUCUCGCACUCUUGAAGACGGAAGGGACAUAGCCAGCGGUCAAGGAUGAGUUGAUGAGCGAGGUGAGGUAAGGGAGAAGGUCACCGGAGAUGGUCUGGAGAAGAGAGGAGGGGAUAGGGUCAAGCGGGCAGGUUGUUGGGCGGCCAGCCAUCACAAGUCGCAAGAUUUCAUCUGGAGAGAGAGAGGAGAAAGAAGUAAAAGCAUAGGGUAGGGCAGUGUGAGCAGGACCAGCAGUGUCAUUCGACUUAACAAACGAGGAUCGGAUGUCGUCUACCUUCUAUUCAAAAUGGUUGACGAAGUCAUCCACAGAGAGGGAACCGGGGGGGAGGGGGAGGAGGAUUCAGCAGGGAGGAGAAGGUGGCAAAGAGCUUCCUAGGGUUAGAGGCAGAUGCUUGGAAUUUAGAGUGGUAGAAAGUGGCUUUAGCAGCAGAAACAGAGGGAAAAAUGUAGAGAGGAGGGAGUGAAAAGAUGCCAGGUCCGCAGGGAGUCUAGUUUUCCUCCAUUUCCGCUCGGCUGCCCGGAGCCCUGUUCUGUGAGCUCGCAAUGAGUUGUCAAGCCACAGAGCAGGAGGGGAGGACCGAGCCGGCCGGGAGGAUAGGGGACAUAUAGAGUCAAAGGAUGCAGAAAGGGAGGAGAGGAGGGUUGAGGAGGCAGAAUCAGGAGAUUGGUGGGAGAAGGGUUAGGGUUAGGGUUAGAAGAACAGCAUCUAGUAAAGAUGAGGUCAAGCGUAUUGCCUGCCUUGUGAGUAGGGGGGGACGGUGAGAGGGUGAAGUCAAAAGAGGAGAGGAGUGGAAAGAAGGAGGCAGAGAGAAAUGAGUCAAAGGUAGACGUAGGGAGGUCAAAGUCACCCAGGACUGUGAGGGGUGAGCCAUCCUCAAGAAAGGAACUUAUCAAUGCGUCAAGCUCAUUGAUGAACUCUCCAAGGGAACCAGGAGGGCAAUAAAUGACAAGGAUGUUAAGCUUGAAUGGGCUAGUGACUGUGACAGCAUGGAAUUCAAAUGAGGAGAUAGACAGAUGGGUCAGGGGAAAAAGAGAGAAUGUCCACUUGGGAGAGAUGAGGAUUCCUGUGCCACCGCCACGCUGACCAGAUGCUCUGUAUGUGUUUAUAUAUUUAUAACCCCCUGAGGACUCAAACCUCUAUCUAUAGAACACAACUUGUUAACCAUAAAACUUGUGUUUACUUCAAAAGCUUGUUGAGGACUCGAACCUCCUAAAACUUGUGUUCACUUCAAAAGCUUGUACAAGGCUUACAUUACCCUAAAUUGCUACUUAACUAGCAACUCACUUCUAUGCAACAAGAAGGUUUCACACCCUUAAUCAAUCAUAGCUCAUUUUAACUGAUAGAGCUUUUACAAAGGACUCAAACCCCUAUAAAUCACAGAUAGGUAUCACUCUUCUAUUAACCUGAUUUGGUUCUUUUAGAUGAUGGUCUAGACUCAUCCAGCAAUAUGCCGUCUAUCAGGAGAUGAAGAGCUGACUCCCACAGCCCUCUCUCUUUCCCCUGGAUCAACACACAGUUGAUUCGUUUUUUAUUGUUGUUGGUCCAGACCAAUUCAUCCGGGUCACGGCACAAUGUGUUAGCAGUUUAUGUUAUUCUUCAAUAACACAGACCCCAAAGCAAAUCAGGGGGAGAAAAAUAUAUUUAUUCAAAGAGAACAAAUCAUAGUUGUUAUGCUGGAAAGUAGAUGGUAGACGUUCAUUCUUCCCUGUCCUCAAUGUUUCUCCACUGAACAAAUGUAGUUUAUACCCAAGCCUAGCCUGUGGUUGACCAAUUAGAAUUCCUUGCAAUAAAAUUGGGCCAAUGGCCAAAUACCAAGUAUCCCGUUUCAGGCUCAAUGUAUAGACAAUUUGGACCAAUGGGAACUUGCCACAUGUAGCUAUAAGUCCCAGACUGGAGCCCCUACACAGAUUCUAAACAGAUGUUGAACUGAUAACAACUAUUUCCAUUGAUCGUUAAUUCUCUCUUGACCUCUAGUCCUCUGCAUUGUGUAUUUAUCUUUGAAUAUUCUUACAAUGCCAAAUCUUUUCAGCCUCCUGAGGGGGAAGAGGCGUUGUCGUGUCGUCUUCAUGGCUGUGUUGGUGUGUUUGGACCAUGAUAGGUCCUUAGUGAUGUGGACACUGAGGAACUUGACGCUCUCGACCCGCUCCAUAACUGCCUCGUCGAUGUGAAUGGGGGCGUGUCCAGCCCUCUGUUUGCUGUAGUCCACACUAAGCCCCUUUGUCUUGCCCAAGUUGAGAGAGCGGUUGUUGUCUCUGACCUCCUCCCUAUAGGCUGUCUCUUCAUUGUCGGUGAUCAGGCCUUCCACCGUUGGAUCAUCUGCAAACUUAAUGAUGGUGUUAGAGUUGUGCACGGCAAAGCAGUUGUGGGUGAACAGGCAGUAAGGGAGGGGACUAAGCAUGCACCCCUGAGGGGCCCCCGUGUUGAGGGUCAGAUUGGCGGAUGUGUUGUUGCCUACCCUCACCACCUGGCGGCAGCCCGUCAAGAAGUCCAGGAUCCAGUUGCAGAGGGUGGUGUUCAGUCCGAGGGUCCUUAGCUUAGUGAUGGGCUUGGAAGGCACUAUGGUGUUGAUCGCUGAGCUGUAUUCAAUGAACAGCAUUCUCACGUAGGUGUUCCUUUUGUCCAGGUGGGAAAGGGCAGUGUGGAGUGCAUUAGAGAUUGCGUCAUCUGUGGAUCUGUUGGGGCGGUAUGCGAAUUGGAGUGUGUCCAGGGUUUCUGGGAUGAUGGUGUUGAUGUGAGCCAUGACCAGCCUUUCAAAGCAUUUCAUGCCUACAGAUGUGAGUGCUACGGGGUGGUAGUCAUUUAGACAGGUUACCUUGGCUACGGGGUGGUAGUCAUUUAGACAGGUUACAUUCUUAGGCACAGGGAUUAUGUCGGUUUGCUUGAAACAUGUAGGUAUUACAGACUGGGUCAGAGAGCGGUUGGAAAUGUCUCUCUCUCCCUCUCUCAGUAUUACAGACUGGGUCAGAGAGCGGUUGGAAAUGUCUCUCUCUCCCUCUCUCAGUAUACAGACUGGGUCAGAGAGCGGUUGGAAAUGUCUCUCUCUCCCUCUCUCAGUAUUACAGACUGGGUCAGAGAGCGGUUGGAAAUGUCUCUCUCUCCCUCUCUCAGUAUUACAGACUGGGUCAGAGAGCGGUUGGAAAUGUCUCUCUCUCCCUCUCUCAGUAUUACAGACUGGGUCAGAGAGCGGUUGGAAAUGUCUCUCUCUCCCUCUCUCAGUAUUACAGACUGGGUCAGAGAGCGGUUGGAAAUGUCUCUCUCUCCCUCUCUCAGUAUUACAGACUGGGUCAGAGAGCGGUUGGAAAUGUCUCUCUCUCCCUCUCUCAGUAUUACAGACUGGGUCAGAGAGCGGUUGGAAAUGUCUCUCUCUCCCUCUCUCAGUAUUACAGACUGGGUCAGAGAGCGGUUGGAAAUGUCUCUCUCUCCCUCUCUCAGUAUUACAGACUGGGUCAGAGAGCGGUUGGAAAUGUCUCUCUCUCCCUCUCUCAGUAUUACAGACUGGGUCAGAGAGCGGUUGGAAAUGUCUCUCUCUCCCUCUCUCAGUAUUACAGACUGGGUCAGAGAGCGGUUGGAAAUGUCUCUCUCUCCCUCUCUCAGUAUUACAGACUGGGUCAGAGAGCGGUUGGAAAUGUCUCUCUCUCCCUCUCUCAGUAUUACAGACUGGGUCAGAGAGCGGUUGGAAAUGUCUCUCUCUCCCUCUCUCAGUAUACAGACUGGGUCAGAGAGCGGUUGGAAAUGUCUCUCUCUCCCUCUCUCAGUAUUACAGACUGGGUCAGAGAGCGGUUGGAAAUGUCUCUCUCUCCCUCUCUCAGUAUUACAGACUGGGUCAGAGAGCGGUUGGAAAUGUCUCUCUCUCCCUCUCUCAGUAUUACAGACUGGGUCAGAGAGCGGUUGGAAAUGUCUCUCUCUCCCUCUCUCAGUAUUACAGACUGGGUCAGAGAGCGGUUGGAAAUGUCUCUCUCUCCCUCUCUCAGUAUACAGACUGGGUCAGAGAGCGGUUGGAAAUGUCUCUCUCUCCCUCUCUCAGUAUACAGACUGGGUCAGAGAGCGGUUGGAAAUGUCUCUCUCUCCCUCUCUCAGUAUUACAGACUGGGUCAGAGAGCGGUUGGAAAUGUCUCUCUCUCCCUCUCUCAGUAUUACAGACUGGGUCAGAGAGCGGUUGGAAAUGUCUCUCUCUCCCUCUCUCAGUAUUACAGACUGGGUCAGAGAGCGGUUGGAAAUGUCUCUCUCUCCCUCUCUCAGUAUUACAGACUGGGUCAGAGAGCGGUUGGAAAUGUCUCUCUCUCCCUCUCUCAGUAUUACAGACUGGGUCAGAGAGCGGUUGGAAAUGUCUCUCUCUCCCUCUCUCAGUAUUACAGACUGGGUCAGAGAGCGGUUGGAAAUGUCUCUCUCUCCCUCUCUCAGUAUUACAGACUGGGUCAGAGAGCGGUUGGAAAUGUCUCUCUCUCCCUCUCUCAGUAUUACAGACUGGGUCAGAGAGCGGUUGGAAAUGUCUCUCUCUCCCUCUCUCAGUAUUACAGACUGGGUCAGAGAGCGGUUGGAAAUGUCUCUCUCUCCCUCUCUCAGUAUUACAGACUGGGUCAGAGAGCGGUUGGAAAUGUCUCUCUCUCCCUCUCUCAGUAUUACAGACUGGGUCAGAGAGCGGUUGGAAAUGUCUCUCUCUCCCUCUCUCAGUAUUACAGACUGGGUCAGAGAGCGGUUGGAAAUGUCUCUCUCUCCCUCUCUCAGUAUUACAGACUGGGUCAGAGAGCGGUUGGAAAUGUCUCUCUCUCCCUCUCUCAGUAUUACAGACUGGGUCAGAGAGCGGUUGGAAAUGUCUCUCUCUCCCUCUCUCAGUAUUACAGACUGGGUCAGAGAGCGGUUGGAAAUGUCUCUCUCUCCCUCUCUCAGUAUUACAGACUGGGUCAGAGAGCGGUUGAAAAUGUCUCUCUCUCCCUCUCUCAGUAUGGAAUCGUCCUGGAUGCUGGCUCCUCACAUACAGCAGUGUAUAUCUACGAGUGGCCGGCAGAGAAGGAGAAUGACACAGGAAGAGUGCAGCAGACACAUGCCUGCAAAGUCAAAGGUAGACAAACACACACUAUAAUCAUAAAAACCUAACAAUGCUAACGUUAUCUAGCUAAUAUGUGUGUGUGUGUGUGUGUGUGUGUGUUUCGUGUCCAGGUGCUGGUAUCUCCAGCUACUCUGUGUUUCCAGGGCAGGCAGGGGCGUCUCUGAAGAGCUGUAUGAAGGAAGCAGAGAGCCUCAUCCCCCUACGCAGGCACCACGAGACCCCUCUCUACCUGGGGGCCACCGCCGGAAUGAGGCUGCUCAGGUACCCUGACCCUUGGACACAACAUGUCCUUUCGUAGGAAAGCCGGAGGCAAAGCCAAUAUUAUCAGUUGGAUGAUUGGUUGAGCUUUCUUGGGUGCGUGACCACUCCGAGCCCUUACCAAAACACAAAAUAUGGCAGACAAUUUCUCUCGCCUCAGAUCUGAAAGAUUUCCACCAGAUAGUACAGCCACAAAGUCAAAAUUGGCUAUAUAGUAAAAAUAAACUAAAAUUAAAGGUUAGGGUUAGGCAUAAGGUUAGCAAUGUGGUUACGGUUACGGUUAGGGUUAGGGUUAGGUUUAGGUUUAAAACCUAAUUUUAAGAUGAUAAAUUGUAGAAAUAGGCGGGGUUUCUGACUUUGUGGCUCUGGUAACUAGUGACGACAGAUCAGAAAUUAGUAGUAACGAACCCCCAACUUCAAUGAUGCUUAUCUUAAAGUUAUCCACUGAUCACCGCAUUUAGGAAGAUAGCAAAAAUGACUGAAAUGACUCUCAGGCCAGGCAUUAGCCACUACUAGCCAUCUAAUAGGGGAUUACUUAUUCUUUGACACAUUUGGCUAAUCUUGCUUAUAUCAAGCAAUAGACAGUUUGUGGAAAGGUAAAAAUAACAAUUAGUGGACUCGUUUUAUGAAUGAUCAGACAGUGAAACUUCACUGAACAACAAUAUAAACAAAACGUGUUGGUCCCAUGUUUCAUGAAGCUGAAAUAAAAGAUCCCUGACAUUUUCCAGACGCACAAAAAGCUUAUUUUGUGCACAAAUGUAUUUACAUCCCUGUUAGUGAGCAUUUCUCCUUUGCCAAGAUAAUCCAUCCACCUGACAGGUGUGGCAUAUCAAGAAGUUGAUUCAACAGCAUGAUCAUUACACAGGUGUGCCUUGUGUUGGGGACAAUGAAAGGCCACUCUAAAAUGUGCAGUUUUGUGACACAACACAAUGCCACAGAUGUCUCAAGUUUUGAGGGAGCCUACAAUUGGCAUGCUGACUGCAGGAAUGUCCACCAUUAGUGUUGCCAGAUAAUUGAAUAUUCCUUUUUCUACCAUCCAAAGUUGUUUUAGAGACCGGCCUCACAACCGCAGACCACAUGUAUGGCGUUGUGUGGGCGAGCGGUUUGCUAAUAUCGACAUUGUGAACGAAGUGCCCAAUAGUGACGGUGGGGUUAUGGAAUGGGCAGGCACAAUCUACGGACAGUGAACACAAUUGCAUUUUAUCGAUGGCAAUUUUAAUGCACAGAAAUACCGUGACGAGAUCCUGAGGCUCAUUGUCGUGCCAUUCAUCUGCCGCCAUCACCUCAUGUUUCAGCAUGAUAAUGCAAGGCCCCAUAUCGCAAGGAUCUGUACACAAUUCCUGGAAGCUGAAAAUGUCCCAGUUCUUCCAUGUCCUGCAUACUCACCAGACAUAUCACCCAUUGAGCAUGUUUGGGAUGCUCUGGACCGCCGUGUACGACAGUGUGUUCCAGUUCCCGGCAAUAUCCAGCAACUUCACACAGCCAUUGAAGAGGAGUGGAACAACAUUCCACAGGCCACAAUCAACAGCCUGAUCAACUCUAUGCGAAGGAGAUGUGUCGCGCUGCAUGAGGCAAAUCGUGGUCACACCAGAUACUGACUGGUUUUCUGAUCCACACCCCUACUUUUCUUUGUGACCAACAGAUGCAUAUCUUUAUUCCCAGUCGUGAAAUCCAUAGAUUAGGUUGUAAUUUAUUUAUUUCCAUUUCCUGAUAUCCUUAUAUGAACUGUAACUCAGUAAAAUCUUUGAAAUUGUUGCAUGUUACGUUUAUAUUUUUGUUCAGUAUAAAAUAGCUUGUGAGGCUUUCGUUUAUUUCCCAAUGAAUGAAGCUGAAGCUGGGUUUCCCAAGUCGUUCAGCGCUUACUGCUAAUGCUGGCCAGCCAGCUAAAUAGACAGCUCUGCAGCGGAUCAGUGUUAUUGGGAUGUUAUUGGGAUCCAUAUUAGCUAUUAGCCAGGGGUCCACAUGCCCAAGAAGGCUCAACCAAUCACCAGACUCAUGGAUAUUAUUGACUUUGCCUCCGGCUAUAAUAUGAAAGGAAAUGUCGCCCCCAGGACACUAACCAGGAAGUUCACAUAAAAACACUGGACACUAACCAGCAAGUUAACAUAAAAACACUGGACACUAACCAGCAAGUUAACAUAAAAACACUGGACAUUAAACAGGAAGUUAAUAUGAAAACACUGGACAUUAAACAGGAAGUUAAUAUGAAAACAUUGGACACUAUACAGGAAGUUAAUAUGAAAAAACUGGACACUAACCAGAAAGUGAAUAUGAAAGCACUGGACACUAACCAGGAAGUAAUUAUGAAAACACUAGACACUAACCAGGAAGUUAAUAUGUAAACACUGGACACUAACCAGGAAGUAAUUAUGAAAACACUGGACACUAACCAGGAAGUAAUUAUGAAAACACUAGACACUAACCAGGAAGUUAUUAUGAAAACAAUAGACACUAACCAGGAAGUUAUUAUGAAAACACUAGACACUAACCAGGAAGUUAUUAUGAAAGCACUGGACACCAACUAGGAAGUUACUGGACACUAACCAGGAAGAUAAUAUGAUAACACUGGACACUAACUAGGAAGUUACUGGACACUAACCAGCAAGUUAAUAUGAAAACACUGGACAACAACCAGGAAGUUAAUAUGUAAACACUAGACACUAACCAGGAAGUUAAUAUAUAAACACUGGACACUAACCAGGAAGUUAAUUUGUAAACACUGGACACUAACCAGGAAGUUAAUAUGAAAACACUGGACACUAACGUGGAAGUUAAUAUGAAAACACUAGACACUAACCAGGAAGUUUUUAUGAAAGCACUGGACACCAACUAGGAAGUUACUGGACACUAACCAGGAAGUUAAUAUGAAAACAGUAGACACUAACUAGGAAGUUAAUAUGAAAACACUGGACUCUAACCAGAAAGUGUGUGUGUGUGUGUGUGUGUGUGUGUGUGUGUGUGUGUGUGUGUGUGUGUGUGUGUGUGUGUGUGUGUGUGUGUAUGUGUUUAGGAUGGAGAACCAGAGUUUGUCUGAUCUGGUGCUUGGGUCGGUAGAGGAGGCGUUGCGUUCCUCUCCGUUCUCCUAUCAGGGCGCUCGCAUCAUCACAGGCCAGGAGGAGGGAGCCUUCGGCUGGGUCACUGUUAACUACCUGAGUGACCGACUGAAACAGGUGAGUGAUCAACUGAAACUAGACAAAACUGGACUUCUCUUUCGCAUUGAAACACAGCUCAUCCAUAAUGUUUGCACCCCGGUGCCGGAUGCGGGAUAUGCCUCGUCAACGUCCCUCAAUCUAGGGGUGGAAGGUGUAGCUGUACUCCAAAUUAUCCCAUUAUCCGAAAAGACAAAUCGAGAAGCAGUGGUGGAAAAAGUACCCAAUUGUCAUACUUGAGUAAAAGUAAAGAUACCUUAAUAGAAAAUGACUCAAGUAAAAGUGAAAGUCACCCAGUAAAAUCCUACUUGAGUAAAAGUCUAGAAGUAUUUGGUUUUAAAUAUGCUUAAAUAUCAAAAGUAAAUGUAAUUGCUAAAAUAUACUGAAGUAUCAAAAGUAAAAGUAUAAAUCAUUUUAAAUUCCUUAUAUUAAGCAAACCACACAGCACCAUUUUCUUGUUUUUUAAAUUUACGGAUAGCCAGGGGCACACUCCAACAUCAAUACAAACGAAGCAUGUGUGUUUAGUGAGUCCGCCAGAUCAGAGGCAGCAGGGAUGACCAGAUCAGAGGCAGCAGGGAUGACCAGAUCAGAGGCAGCAGGGAUGACCAGAUCAGAGGCAGCAGGGAUGACCAGAUCAGAGGCAGCAGGGAUGACCAGAUCAGAGGCAGCAGGGAUGACCAGAUCAGAGGCAGCAGGGAUGACCAGAUCAGAGGCAGCAGGGAUGACCAGAUCAGAGGCAGCAGGGAUGACCAGAUCAGAGGCAGCAGGGAUGACCAGGGAUGUUCUCUUGAUUAGUGUGUGAAUUAGAAUAUCUUCCUGUCGUGCUAAGCAUUCAAAAUGUAACAAGUACUUUUGGCUGUCAGGGAAAAUGUAUGGAGUAAAAAGUACAUGAUUUUCUUUAGGAAUGUAGUGAAGUAAAAGUACAAGUUGUCAAAAAUAUAAAUAGUAAAGUACAGUACAGAUACCUCAAAACACAACUUAAGUAGUACUUUAAAGUAUUUUUACUGAAGUACUUUACACCACUGUGAUUAGGUGAACACAGCCCCUAAUGAAGUGCUGAAGUACUUUACACCACUGUGAUUAGGUGAACACACAGCCCCUAAUGAAGUGCUGAAGUACUUUACACCACUGUGAUUAGGUGAACACACAGCCCCUAAUGAAGUGCUGAAGUACUUUACACCACUGUGAUUAGGUGAACACACAGCCCCUAAUGAAGUGCUGAAGUACUUUACACCACUGUGAUUAGGUGAACACACAGCCCCUAAUGAAGUGAUGAAGUACUUUACACCACUGUGAUCAGGUGAACACACAGCCCCUAAUGAAGUGCUGAAGUACUUUACACCACUGUGAUUAGGUGAACACACAGCCCCUAAUGAAGUGCUGAAGUACUUUACACCACUGUGAUUAGGUGAACACACAGCCCCUAAUGAAGUGCUGAAGUACUUUACACCACUGUGAUUAGGUGAACACACAGCCCCUAAUGAAGUGCUGAAGUACUUUACACCACUGAUAGUUAUGAAUUAAACUGCUUUUGUCUUCCUCAUGCUGGACAAACUAAUAUUAAAGCAGCCCAUGUAAUGAAGGUAUUUCUGUUUUUUAUUUUAUAUACAUUUGCAACAAUUUCUAAAACCUGUUUUCACUUUGUCAUGAUGGGGUAUUGUGUGUAGAUUGAUGAGGAAAUUCUUUAUUUAAUCAAUUUUAUAAUAAUGCUGUAUUGUAACAAAAUGUGGAAAAAGGGAAGGGGUCUGAAUACUUUCUGAAUGCACUGUAUCUCACCUGAGAAAGCAUUAGAGUGAGCGAAACAGCGCCCCUCUGUCUCUGCAUGUGUAGGUCAUCUAUCUGAUGCUGUUGGUUCAAAAGAGUAGGACGUUGUUGCCGCCCGUAGCAUUGGGAAGCCAGCGAGCAUCUGGCCUGAAGUUUACUAACCCUAACCCCAUAGCAUUGGGAAGCCAGCGAGCAUCUGGCCUGAAGUUUACUAACCCUAACCCCGUAGCAUUGGGAAGCCAGCGAGCAUCUGGCCUGAAGUUUACUAACCCUAACCCCAUAGCAUUGGGAAGCCAGCGAGCAUCUGGCCUGAAGUUUACUAACCCUAACCCCGUAGCAUUGGGAAGCCAGCGAGCAUCUGGCCUGAAGUUUACUAACCCUAACCCCGUAGCAUUGGGAAGCCAGCGAGCAUCUGGCCUGAAGUUUACUAACCCUAACCCCAUAGCAUUGGGAAGGCAGCGAGCAUCUGGCCUGAAGUUUACUAACCCUAACCCCAUAGCAUUGGGAAGCCAGCGAGCAUCUGGCCUGAAGUUUACUAACCCUAACCCCAUAGCAUUGGGAAGCCAGCGAGCAUCUGGCCUGAAGUUUACUAACCCUAACCCCGUAGCAUUGGGAAGCCAGCGAGCAUCUGGCCUGAAGUUUACUAACCCUAACCCCGUAGCAUUGGGAAGCCAGCGAGCAUCUGGCCUGAAGUUUACUAACCCUAACCCCAUAGCAUUGGGAAGCCAGCGAGCAUCUGGCCUGAAGUUUACUAACCCUAACCCCGUAGCAUUGGGAAGCCAGCGAGCAUCUGGCCUGAAGUUUACUAACCCUAACCCCGUAGCAUUGGGAAGCCAGCGAGCAUCUGGCCUGAAGUUUACUAACCCUAACCCCGUAGCAUUGGGAAGCCAGCGAGCAUCUGGCCUGAAGUUUACUAACCCUAACCCCGUAGCAUUGGGAAGCCAGCGAGCAUCUGGCCUGAAGUUUACUAACCCUAACCCCAUAGCAUUGGGAAGCCAGCGAGCAUCUGGCCUGAAGUUUACUAACCCUAACCCCGUAGCAUUGGGAAGCCAGCGAGCAUCUGGCCUGACGUUUACUAACCCUAACCCCAUAGCAUUGGGAAGCCAGCGAGCAUCUGGCCUGAAGUUUACUAACCCUAACCCCGUAGCAUUGGGAAGCCAGCGAGCAUCUGGCCUGAAGUUUACUAACCCUAACCCCGUAGCAUUGGGAAGCCAGCGAGCAUCUGGCCUGAAGUUUACUAACCCUAACCCCGUAGCAUUGGGAAGCCAGCGAGCAUCUGGCCUGAAGUUUACUAACCCUAACCCCGUAGCAUUGGGAAGCCAGCGAGCAUCUGGCCUGAAGUUUACUAACCCUAACCCCGUAGCAUUGGGAAGGCAGCGAGCAUCUGGCCUGAAGUUUACUAACCCUAACCCCGUAGCAUUGGGAAGCCAGCGAGCAUCUGGCCUGAAGUUUACUAACCCUAACCCCGUAGCAUUGGGAAGCCAGCGAGCAUCUGCCCUGAAGUUUACUAACCCUAACCCCGUAGCAUUGGGAAGCCAGCGAGCAUCUGGCCUGAAAUUUACUAACCCUAACCCCGUAGCAUUGGGAAGCCAGCGAGCAUCUGGCCUGAAGUUUACUAACCCUAACCCCGUAGCAUUGGGAAGCCAGCGAGCAUCUGCCCUGAAGUUUACUAACCCUAACCCCGUAGCAUUGGGAAGCCAGCGAGCAUCUGGCCUGAAGUUUACUAACCCUAACCCCGUAGCAUUGGGAAGCCAGCGAGCAUCUGGCCUGAAGUUUACUAACCCUAACCCUUGUUUUUCAACCACUCCACAAAUGUCUUGUUAACAAACUAUAGUUUUGGCAAGUCGGUUAGGACAUCUACUUUGUGCAUGACACAAGUAACUGUUCCAACAAUUGUUUACAGACAGUUUAUUUCACUUAUAAUUCACUGUAUCACAAUUCCAGUGGGUCAGAAGUUUACAUACACUAAGUUGACUGUGCCUUUAAACAGCUUAGAAAAUUCCAGAAAAUGACAUCAUGGCUUUAGAAGCUUCUGAUAGGCUAAUUGACAUCAUUUGAGUCAAUUGGAGGUGUACCUGUGGAUGUAUUUCAAGGCCUACCUUCAAACUCAGUGCCUCUUUGCUUGACAUCAUGGGAAAAUCAAAAGGAAUCUAGGAUAAUUGGAGACCUCCACAAGUCUGGUUCAUCCUUGGGAGCAAUUUCCAAACGCCUGAAGGUACCACGUUCAUCUGUACAAACAAUAGUAUGCAAGUAUAAACACCAUGGGACCACGCAGCCGUCAUACCGCUCAGGAAGGAGACGCGUUCUGUCUCCUAGAGAUGAACGUACUUUGGUGCGAAAAGUGAAAAUCAAUCCCAGAACAACAGCAGAGGACCUUGUGAAGAUGCUGGAGGAAACAGGUACAAAAGUAUCUAUAUCCACAGUAAAACGAGUCCUAUAUUGACAUAACCUGAAAGGCUGCUCAGCAAGGAAGAAGCCACUGCUCCAAAACCGCCAUAAAAAAGCCAGACUACGGUUUGCAACUGCACAUGGGGACAAAGAUUGUACCUUUUGGAGAAAUGUCCUCUGGUCUGAUGAAACAAAAAUAAAACUGUUUGGCCAUAAUGACCAUCGUUAUGUUUUGAGGAAAAAGGGGGAUGCUUGCAAGCCGAAGAACACCAUCCCAACCGUGAAGCACUGGGGUGGCAGCAUCAUGCUGUGGGGGUGCUUUGCUGCAGGAGGGACUGGUGCACUUCACAAAAUAGAUGGCAUCAUGAGGAAGGAAAAUUAUAUGGAUAUAUUGAAGCAACAUCUCAAGACAUCAGUCAGGAAGUUAAAGCUUGGUCGCAAAUGGGUCUUCCAAAUGGACAAAACGGCUUAAGGACAACAAAGUCAAGGUAUUGGAGUGGCCAUCACAAAGCCCUGACCUCAAUCUUAUAGAACAUUUGUGGGCAAAACUGAAAAAGCGUGUGCGAGCAAGGAGGCCUACAAACCUGACUCAGUUACACCAGCUCUGUCAGGAGGAAUGGGCCAAAAUUCACCCAACUUAUUGUGGGAAGCUUGUGGAAGGCUACCCGAAACGUUUGACCCAAGUUAAACAAUUUAAAGGCAACGCUACCAAAUACUAAUUGAGUGUAUGUAAACUUCUGACCCACUGGGAAUGUGAUGAAAGAAAGAAAAGCUUAAAUAAAUAAUUCUCUCUACUAUUAUUCUGACAUUUCACAUUCUUAAAAAAAGUGGUGAUCCUAACUGACCUAAAACAUGGAAUUUUUACUAGGAUUAAAUAUCAGGAAUUGUGAAAAACUGAGGUGUAUGUAAACUUCUGACUUCAACUGUAUAUCACGGUCGCAAGGCAUAUGAAGUAACAGGUUAUAGAGCAAACAAUGCAAUUACCACAUCACAUAGGUUGUAAUAUGGCUCUGUGUGUGUGUGUGUGUGUGUGUGUGUGUGUGUGUGUGUGUGUGUGUGUGUGUGUGUGUGUGUGUGUGUGUGUGCUGCAGGGCUCAGGGACCACCGGAGCUCUUGACCUGGGCGGAGCCUCCACUCAGAUCAGCUUUGUGGCCAAUCAGGAUGGGGCGGAGGAAUCGGCGGAGAACGCUGUGACCUUCCGUCUCUAUGGAAAUGACUACUUCCUUUACACACACAGCUUCCUGUGCUACGGGAAAGACCAGGUGCUCAAACUGGCACUUUCUCAGCAGACUCAGGUAAUCCUGACCACUGACCCCUAACCCCUGACCCUGACCCCUGACCCCUGACCCCUAACCUCUAAACCCUGAUGUCUUACCUUUGAUCCCUGGCUCCUAACUCUCUGUCUGGGGACAGCUCAGUGCUGGACCUGUGUUUCCACCCAGGUUAGGGUUAGGGUUAACUCUCUGUCUGUGUGUCAGUCUGGGGACAGCUCAGUGCUGGACCCGUGUUUCCACCCAGGUUAGGGUUAGGGUUAACUCUCUGUCUGUGUGUCAGUCUGGGGACAGCUCAGUGCUGGACCCGUGUUUCCACCCAGGUUAGGGUUAGGGUUAACUCUCUGUCUGUGUGUCAGUCUGGGGACAGCUCAGUGCUGGACCCGUGUUUCCACCCAGGUUAGGGUUAGGGUUAACUCUCUGUCUGUGUGUCAGUCUGGGGACAGCUCAGUGCUGGACCAGUGUUUCCACCCAGGUUAGGGUUAGGGUUAACUCUCUGUCUGUGUGUCAGUCUGGGGACAGCUCAGUGCUGGACCCGUGUUUCCACCCAGGUUAGGGUUAGGGUUAACUCUCUGUCUGUGUGUCAGUCUGGGGACAGCUCAGUGCUGGACCCGUGUUUCCACCCAGGUUAGGGUUAGGGUUAACUCUCUGUCUGUGUGUCAGUCUGGGGACAGCUCAGUGCUGGACCCGUGUUUCCACCCAGGUUAGGGUUAGGGUUAACUCUCUGUCUGUGUGUCAGUCUGGGGACAGCUCAGUGCUGGACCCGUGUUUCCACCCAGGUUAGGGUUAGGGUUAACUCUCUGUCUGUGUGUCAGUCUGGGGACAGCUCAGUGCUGGACCCGUGUUUCCACCCAGGUUAGGGUUAGGGUUAACUCUCUGUCUGUGUGUCAGUCUGGGGACAGCUCAGUGCUGGACCCGUGUUUCCACCCAGGUUAGGGUUAGGGUUAACUCUCUGUCUGUGAGUCAGUCUGGGGACAGCUCAGUGCUGGACCCGUGUUUCCACCCAGGUUAGGGUUAGGGUUAACUCUCUGUCUGUGAGUCAGUCUGGGGACAGCUCAGUGCUGGACCCGUGUUUCCACCCAGGUUAGGGUUAGGGUUAACUCUCUGUCUGUGUGUCAGUCUGGGGACAGCUCAGUGCUGGACCCGUGUUUCCACCCAGGUUAGGGUUAGGGUUAACUCUCUGUCUGUGUGUCAGUCUGGGGACAGCUCAGUGCUGGACCCGUGUUUCCACCCAGGUUAGGGUUAGGGUUAACUCUCUGUCUGUGUGUCAGUCUGGGGACAGCUCAGUGCUGGACCCGUGUUUCCACCCAGGUUAGGGUUAGGGUUAACUCUCUGUCUGUGUGUCAGUCUGGGGACAGCUCAGUGCUGGACCCGUGUUUCCACCCAGGUUAGGGUUAGGGUUAACUCUCUGUCUGUGUGUCAGUCUGGGGACAGCUCAGUGCUGGACCCGUGUUUCUACCCAGGUUAGGGUUAGGGUUAACUCUCUGUCUGUGUGUCAGUCUGGGGACAGCUCAGUGCUGGACCCGUGUUUCCACCCAGGUUAGGGUUAGGGUUAACUCUCUGUCUGUGUGUCAGUCUGGGGACAGCUCAGUGCUGGACCCGUGUUUCCACCCAGGUUAGGGUUAGGGUUAACUCUCUGUCUGUGUGUCAGUCUGGGGACAGCUCAGUGCUGGACCCGUGUUUCCACCCAGGUUAGGGUUAGGGUUAACUCUCUGUCUGUGAGUCAGUCUGGGGACAGCUCAGUGCUGGACCCGUGUUUCCACCCAGGUUAGGGUUAGGGUUAACUCUCUGUCUGUGUGUCAGUCUGGGGACAGCUCAGUGCUGGACCCGUGUUUCCACCCAGGUUAGGGUUAGGGUUAACUCUCUGUCUGUGUGUCAGUCUGGGGACAGCUCAGUGCUGGACCCGUGUUUCCACCCAGGUUAGGGUUAGGGUUAACUCUCUGUCUGUGUGUCAGUCUGGGGACAGCUCAGUGCUGGACCCGUGUUUCCACCCAGGUUAGGGUUAGGGUUAACUCUCUGUCUGUGUGUCAGUCUGGGGACAGCUCAGUGCUGGACCAGUGUUUCCACCCAGGUUAGGGUUAGGGUUAACUCUCUGUCUGUGUGUCAGUCUGGGGACAGCUCAGUGCUGGACCCGUGUUUCCACCCAGGUUAGGGUUAGGGUUAACUCUCUGUCUGUGUGUCAGUCUGGGGACAGCUCAGUGCUGGACCCGUGUUUCCACCCAGGUUAGGGUUAGGGUUAACUCUCUGUCUGUGUGUCAGUCUGGGGACAGCUCAGUGCUGGACCCGUGUUUCCACCCAGGUUAGGGUUAGGGUUAACUCUCUGUCUGUGUGUCAGUCUGGGGACAGCUCAGUGCUGGACCCGUGUUUCCACCCAGGUUAGGGUUAGGGUUAACUCUCUGUCUGUGUGUCAGUCUGGGGACAGCUCAGUGCUGGACCCGUGUUUCCACCCAGGUUAGGGUUAGGGUUAACUCUCUGUCUGUGAGUCAGUCUGGGGACAGCUCAGUGCUGGACCCGUGUUUCCACCCAGGUUAGGGUUAGGGUUAACUCUCUGUCUGUGUGUCAGUCUGGGGACAGUUCAGUGCUGGACCCGUGUUUCCACCCAGGUUAGGGUUAGGGUUAACUCUCUGUCUGUGUGUCAGUCUGGGGACAGCUCAGUGCUGGACCCGUGUUUCCACCCAGGUUAGGGUUAGGGUUAACUCUCUGUCUGUGUGUCAGUCUGGGGACAGCUCAGUGCUGGACCCGUGUUUCCACCCAGGUUAGGGUUAGGGUUAACUCUCUGUCUGUGUGUCAGUCUGGGGACAGCUCAGUGCUGGACCCGUGUUUCCACCCAGGUUAGGGUUAGGGUUAACUCUCUGUCUGUGUGUCAGUCUGGGGACAGCUCAGUGCUGGACCCGUGUUUCCACCCAGGUUAGGGUUAGGGUUAACUCUCUGUCUGUGUGUCAGUCUGGGGACAGCUCAGUGCUGGACCCGUGUUUCCACCCAGGUUAGGGUUAGGGUUAACUCUCUGUCUGUGUGUCAGUCUGGGGACAGCUCAGUGCUGGACCCGUGUUUCCACCCAGGUUAGGGUUAGGGUUAACUCUCUGUCUGUGUGUCAGUCUGGGGACAGCUCAGUGCUGGACCCGUGUUUCCACCCAGGUUAGGGUUAGGGUUAACUCUCUGUCUGUGUGUCAGUCUGGGGACAGCUCAGUGCUGGACCCGUGUUUCCACCCAGGUUAGGGUUAGGGUUAACUCUCUGUCUGUGUGUCAGUCUGGGGACAGCUCAGUGCUGGACCCGUGUUUCCACCCAGGUUAGGGUUAGGGUUAACUCUCUGUCUGUGUGUCAGUCUGGGGACAGCUCAGUGCUGGACCCGUGUUUCCACCCAGGUUAGGGUUAGGGUUAACUCUCUGUCUGUGUGUCAGUCUGGGGACAGCUCAGUGCUGGACCCGUGUUUCCACCCAGGUUAGGGUUAGGGUUAACUCUCUGUCUGUGUGUCAGUCUGGGGACAGCUCAGUGCUGGACCCGUGUUUCCACCCAGGUUAGGGUUAGGGUUAACUCUCUGUCUGUGUGUCAGUCUGGGGACAGCUCAGUGCUGGACCCGUGUUUCCACCCAGGUUAGGGUUAGGGUUAACUCUCUGUCUGUGUGUCAGUCUGGGGACAGCUCAGUGCUGGACCCGUGUUUCCACCCAGGUUAGGGUUAGGGUUAACUCUCUGUCUGUGUGUCAGUCUGGGGACAGCUCAGUGCUGGACCCGUGUUUCCACCCAGGUUAGGGUUAGGGUUAACUCUCUGUCUGUGUGUCAGUCUGGGGACAGCUCAGUGCUGGACCCGUGUUUCCACCCAGGUUAGGGUUAGGGUUAACUCUCUGUCUGUGUGUCAGUCUGGGGACAGCUCAGUGCUGGACCCGUGUUUCCACCCAGGUUAGGGUUAGGGUUAACUCUCUGUCUGUGUGUCAGUCUGGGGACAGCUCAGUGCUGGACCCGUGUUUCCACCCAGGUUAGGGUUAGGGUUAACUCUCUGUCUGUGUGUCAGUCUGGGGACAGCUCAGUGCUGGACCCGUGUUUCCACCCAGGUUAGGGUUAGGGUUAACUCUCUGUCUGUGUGUCAGUCUGGGGACAGCUCAGUGCUGGACCCGUGUUUCCACCCAGGUUAGGGUUAGGGUUAACUCUCUGUCUGUGUGUCAGUCUGGGGACAGCUCAGUGCUGGACCCGUGUUUCCACCCAGGUUAGGGUUAGGGUUAACUCUCUGUCUGUGAGUCAGUCUGGGGACAGCUCAGUGCUGGACCCGUGUUUCCACCCAGGUUAGGGUUAGGGUUAACUCUCUGUCUGUGUGUCAGUCUGGGGACAGCUCAGUGCUGGACCCGUGUUUCCACCCAGGUUACAGUGUUGAUCGGGACUACUCUAGCGUGUACUCCAGCCCCUGCGUCAUGACUGGGAAACCCCUCGUCUCCAGGGACAGUUUCACCCACAUAGGAACAGGAAACGCAUCGCAGUGCCAGGAAGUAGUCCGAAGAAUCUUCAACUUCAGUGGCUGCAGCUUCAGUCGCUGUUCUUUCAACGGGGUCUACCAGCCACCACUACAGGGGCCGUUUGGGGUGAGCUUAACUUUUACCCUAACCCUACAUUCUUAGAAAAAAUAGGGUUAUUCGGCUGUCCUUAUAGGAUAACCGUUUUUGGUUCCAGGUAGAACCCUUUUGGGUUCCAUGUAGAACCGUCUGUGGAAAGGGUUAUUCAUGGAACCCAAAAGGAUUCUUCAAAGGGCUCAUUCGACAGGGUCUUGUCAACCCCUGGUAACCCCUUCUGGGAUUUAAAAAUGCAGAACACUUCUUAGCGAUGAGAAUGACAAGUUGUGAGAAAAUGCACAGAAUCAUCUCUAUCUUUUUAAUUUAACUGUCUCUUUCUCUCUCUCUCUUUGUCACUCUCUUUCUGUCUCUCUGUCUGUCUCUCUCUUCUCUCUCACUCUCUUUCUGUCUCUCUCUUUCUGUCUCUCUCUCUGUCUAUCUGUCUCUCUCUUCUCUCUCCCUCUCUUUCUGUCUCUGUCUCUCUCUUCUCUCUCCCUCUCUUUAUUUCUCUCUCUUCUCUCUCCCUCUCUUUAUUUCUCACUCUUCUCUCUCCAACUCUUUAUUUCUCUCUCUUCUCUCUCCCUCUCUUUAUGUCUCUCUCUUCUCUCUCCCUCUCUUUAUGUCUCCCUGUCUGUCUCUCUCUUCUCUCUCCCUCCCUUUCUGUUCCUCUCUGUCUCUCUCUCUUCUCUCUCCCUCUUUGUCUCUGUCUCUCUCUUCUCUCUCCCUCUUUCUGUCUCUCUCUCUCUCUCUCUCUCUCUCUCCCUCUCUUUCUGUCUCUGUCUCUCUCUCUUCUCUCUCUCUCUUUAUUUCUCUCUUCUCUCUCCCUCUCUUUAUUUCUCUCUCUUCUCUCUCCCUCUAUUUAUUUCUCUCUUCUCUUCUCCCUCUCUUCAUGUCUCUCUCUUCUCCCUCUCUCUCUCUUCUCUCUCUCUCAGGCAUUCUCAGCAUUCUACUUUGUGAUGAACUUUCUGAACUUGACAUCAGACUCUCUGGAAAGGAGCAGGGAGAAGCUGGCGCUCUACUGUUCUACACCCUGGACCCAGGUAUACACACACGCUUACACAUACACACACACACACACACACACACACACACAAGACACGCACUCUACACACGUACACAUUAACUUUGUGUUGUAUAUGCAGUAUGUGGUAAGAGUAGUGGCCUGAUGGAACACACUUAAUGUGUUGUGAAAAGUGUUAUGAAAUGUAAUCUCAUGUAGUUUUUAGAAAUAAUGGGGAUCCAUAAUAAACCCCAGGAAGAGUAGCUGCUGCCUUGGCAGGAACUAAUGGGGAUCCUUAAUAAACCCCAGGAAGAGUAUCUGCUGCCUUGGCAGGAACUAAUGGGGAUCCAUAAUAAACCCCAGGAAGAGUAGCCGCUGCCUUGGCAGGAACUAAUGGGGAUCCAUAAUAAACCCCAGGAAGAGUAGCUGCUGCCUUGGCAGGAACUAAUGGGGAUCCUUAAUAAACCCCAGGAAGAGUAGCUGCUGCCUUGGCAGGAACUAAUGGGGAUCCAUAAUAAACCCCAGGAAGAGUAGCCGCUGCCUUGGCAGGAACUAAUGGGGAUCCAUAAUAAACCACAGGAAGAGUAGCCGCUGCCUCGGCAGGAACUAAUGGGGAUCCAUAAUAAACCCCAGGAAGAGUAGCCGCUGCCUCGGCAGGAACUAAUGGGGAUCCAUAAUAAACCCCAGGAAGAGUAGCCGCUGCCUUGGCAGGAACUAAUGGGGAUCCUUAAUAAACCCCAGGAAGAGUAGCUGCUGCCUUGGCAGGAACUAAUGGUGAUCCUUAAUAAACCCCAGGAAGAGUAGCUGCUGCCUUGGCAGGAACUAAUGGGGAUCCAUAAUAAACCCCAGGAAGAGUAGCUGCUGCCUUGGCAGGAACUAAUGGGGAUCCAUAAUAAACCCCAGGAAGAGUAGCUGCUGCCUUGGCAGGAACUAAUGGGGAUCCAUAAUAAACCCCAGGAAGAGUAGCCACUGCCUUGGCAGGAACUAAUGGGGAUCCAUAAUAAACCCCAGGAAGAGUAGCUGCUGCCUUGGCAGGAACUAAUGGGGAUCCAUAAUAAACCCCAGGAAGAGUAGCUGCUGCCUUGGCAGAAACUAAUGGGGAUCCAUAAUAAACCCCAGGAAGAGUAGCCGCUGCCUUGGCAGGAACUAAUGGGGAUCCAUAAUAAACCCCAGGAAGAGUAGCCGCUGCCUUGGCAGGAACUAAUGGGGAUCCAUAAUAAACCCCAGGAAGAGUAGCCGCUGCCUUGGCAGGAACUAAUGGGGAUCCAUAAUAAACCCCAGGAAGAGUAGCCGCUGCCUUGGCAGGAACUAAUGGGGAUCCAUAAUUAAUACAAAUACACACACACUGUCAAGUUGUGUAUGGUUCACACUGCAGCUCUUUGCCCAAACUUGAAAAAGGCCUCUUUAAGGACAAGGGGACAACUACAUUUUCUGCUGACUUCUUUUAUUUAAUUCCAGUCAGUCAGUUAGUUAGUUAGUUAGUUAGUUAGUUAGUUAGUUAGUCAGUUAGUUAGGUUGAUAACCUUUAAAGGAAAAACACAAAAAGAAAUAUACAUUACUUCAAGUAAAGGUCAUUUCAAAUUAAAUAUAUAAUCUCAAUGUAGUCAUAUUAUCUAAAUUAUACUAUAUAUACUAAAUUAGACAAUUGGUCUCAAUUCUCAACACAAAUAAACACCUAACUGGCAACAAUUUUACACAACAAUGUCCAUGUGCCGACCGGUUGAGUCUCCAGAAUCCUAAAUGAGCUGAAUGUGUAUGAAUGAGAGUCUCCUCUUCCAUGAAGGAACUCCAGUGAAAUGCUUUUUCACCAAACAUUUCACCACCUGCUGUCACAAAGGUGCACCAGUAUAUAUGUUCCCCAGGGAAACACAAGCUAAUGAUGGGUUCCACAAUGCAUACACUUUUUCGCCCCCUGCUGGUGUUUUAUCUUUGAAAUAAGUUGAAAAUGUGAAUGCCUUGAAUAUGAAUACCUGUCUUUUGACGCAACACCUCCCACUUGAUCUCCUGGUUGUUGAACCCAAGGAGGUCACAUCGGCUUCAUCUUCGAUGCCUUUACUUCUGCUCUUCUACAGGUAAUAACACAACCAAACGCCUGACGUCCCUGUGAAGAAUUGUAGCAGGUAUUUUGGUUGAACGUUUCUUUGUUUUGUCUCCAUGAACAUGCUUCAAAGUUGAGAUGGGAUAACUUGGGAAGGUUCAUAUAUUUGCAUCUCUCACAAUGCCCUUCUUGUCAGCGUUGACAUUGAUGACCCUACCAAGCUUAUACUGACUCCUUAAAGCGUUCUGGUCUGCAAGCUAGACGGCGUCUCCAACGGCCACGUUUCGCUGCUUUGUGUGCCACUUACUCCUCACAAACAGGUUAGGUCCAGCCAACUGACUCCACUUCCUCCAGAACCAGUUAACUUCCGCUUGAAUGACUCUUAACCGUUUGUAGGAGUAUUCUUCAAACUCAAAGCUUCCUAAGUCUCCCCUAGGUCCAGUCCUUCCAAGCAGAAGAGAAUUAGGGCUGAUGUAUUCUAUGCAGUCCUCCCGGCUCUGAGUCCUGGCACCUAUGGGCCUUUCAUUGGCAAGGUUAGCAGCCAUGAACAUAAAUGUUUGAUAUUCACUCCGUGUGAAGAGUCCUUCUCCUCUCAUAUUGUGCAAGGCCCGUUUCACAGUGCGAACAGCUGCUUCUGCAGCACCAUUCCUGUGAGGGGAGUCUGCCGGGUGGAUCUUCCAGCUCCAUUCCUGUGAGGGGAGUCUGCCGGGUGGAUCUUCCAGCUCCAUUCCUGUCAGGGGAGUCUGCCGGGCGGAUCUUCCAGCUCCAUUCCUGUGAGGGGAGUCUGCCGGGUGGAUCUUCCAGCUCCAUUCCUGUGAGGGGAGUCUGCCGGGUGGAUCUUCCAGCUCCAUUCCUGUGAGGGGAGUCUGCCGGGUGGAUCUUCCAGCUCCAUUCCUGUGAGGGGAGUCUGCCGGGUGGAUCUUCCAGCUCCAUUCCACUUCCGUCAGAGAAUGUUAUUCCCCAAGGUUCACCAAUCCAGUUGACUGGUGUGAGGCUUCUGUGGAAGGUGAUUUGGCCAAGACGUGUGUACUCCUCAAACAGUUUGAUGGCUUCUUCUCUCAAUUGUUCAGACAGAGGUUUGUCCCACGUGUUUCGGGUCAGAGUUUUGCCUCCAGCUUCUUAAAACGCCUUUCUGACAAGAAUAGCACCCUUUUGUUUGGCAAGUGUGACGAGGCCUAUUGGGUCAUACAGGCUAGCUACUUGGCUUAGCAGUUCUCUUCUCAUCAGUGGGUUUGGAGUUUUCCCUCUCACCUCUUCUUCAAGGAGAUUUUGUCCGACUCAUCUUCUUUUUCCUCUUUGAGAAAUUGAUUGAAGUCAUAAGGUACAGUUUAUCCUCUUCAACAAUGUAUCCAACUCCAAGGGCUUUAGUGUCUCGUUUCCUCAUCUGGUUUGGGAGAAUAAGUACUGUGCUUGAUUCCGCUCCUUGUUCUCCUGGUACGAUCUCCCGCCUCCCACUUUGGCCUGACCGGACCCAGGGUUUGAGGAAGAAUCCGCCUGUCCUCAGGAUCUCUUCAACUCUUUUGGUGUCCUUGUCCAGCUUUUGUAAGUCAUUAUGGGAAGUCAGGAUGUCAUCGACAUAGGCAUCCUCUUCAAGGAUCCUACGUUCCUCCUCCAGGUGUGCGAACAUGGCCAGUUGUGCAAUGCACCCUGCUGGUCGAUCGCCAAUGUUGACUCUGGUGAUGGCAUACUCUUCAAUCUCUUCUUCCUCAGUGUUUCUCCAGAGAAAUCUGUGGAGAUGCAUCUCCAGGUUUUCUAACCACACCGAAUUGUACAUCUUCCUGAUGUCGCCAAGAGCAGCAUGGACACCUCUUCUGAACCUGAGUAGUACUGCUCGGAUGGGAUUGAGGACAUCAGGCCCUUUCAGCAGCAGGUCAUUCAUGCUGACCCCUUUAAACUUCUGGCUGCUGUUCAAAAACAGUUGCACAGGUGUUGUGACAGAGUGUGGGUUUGGCGCCACCAAGUGGAUGACAUACCAUACUGGUCCUUUCCAGCUGGUGAUCAUCUCUUUGGUGAGUUUCUUUGCUGCUCUUCUCUCCACCAUUUCAUGCACUUGAGCUGUGUAUGCUAUUUUCCACUCUGGCUCUUUUUUGAGUUGUUUUUCUGUUCUUAAGAAGGUGGCUUCAACCCCACUCCUGUUGUAGGGAAGGGACCAUGGAUCUUGAAUCCAGGGGUAUUUUGUGUCCCAGUGUGGUUCAUCGCUGUGAGCAUCUGCUUUGAUGUAGGUGAGGCCUUUCCUUAUGAUCUCCAGCUCUCUUUCCUCACUCAGAGUCAUUUCCUUGCCUCCUGGUUGACAAUUGCCGCACCGGCAUCCUCCACACUUCGGUUCGCCAGCUUCUCCAAUGCUAUCCCAUUUCCACCAAUCCAAGAACUCUCUGCGAGCAACUGUGCUUUUGGUUUCAGCUGUGAACUCUUGUGUUUUAGUUAUCUCUUGAUACUUGACAGCGGUUGCUCUCAUGGAUCGAGCAAAGUGCGUUCCAGACCUGUGUGCGGCCAUAUCGACUUCUUCAAACAGAUCUGGAUGUGCUCCACCAACAGUCUUUCCUAGUGGGCUCUCCCAUAAAACAAGGUCUCCAAUCACCUUCACUCUUUGCAGAGCAAGUCUUCCUUCGCGGUGGCUUAUCAGUAGCUCAAUGCUCUCUGGUCCCCUCAGAUCUCCUAGAUUGACUUCUGGGAAGAACUUCUUGAGUUGCUCAGGUUUGAUGACUCUGUGGAUGUUGGCAAUUUCAUUCAAACCAUAGCAGACAAGCUCAUGGGCUCUUUCUGUGCCUCUAGGCAUUUUGACCCUCACUCUGAGGAGAUAUCUUCUGGUUGUAACCUUCAUGGCCAUUCCCCCAACUCCAUGGACGACUAAAGUGAUGUUUUCACUUCGAAGAUUUAAUCUCCUGGCAGCUCUGUGGGUGAUAUAAUUUGUGUCCGAUGCCAAGUCGAUCAGGGUUCCAAUUUUUGUCCUGCAUUGGCAGUUACCUCGAGCAGCAUUAGAAUAACUGGCAAUUAUUAUACUGCACUUGGCACAAUCUCUCCAAGCUGGAUCUUUUCAACACAGUUUGUCUUUGCGGUGAUGUUGGUGAACGCUCUCUUGAAUUUGUCCGCCAUCUCUGGGGAGAGUUUAGAUACAAAUUCCUCCUGCUCCUCAGUCCACUUAUGCCUUCUCACAUUGAAUUGUCUUCUUUCUGAGUCACUCCUCUUGAAGUCUCCCUUCAGGCAUAGAAAUAAAUUGUGGUCUUUUUUACAGUUUCUGUUCCUGCAAAGGUAUGUCUCUUUGCAUUCAUCAUCUUCUCCAUGACAGACCAAGCACCUCUUGCAGGCCCCCAGCUUUUCUACAGCAGCCAACUUUUCCACCGGCUUCAGUUCUUUGAAACGCUUGCAAAAUAAUAUAUUUUCUCUGUGCUUUUCAUCUCCACACACAACACAGCCGCCUUUCGUUGUGGACCGCGUGGACGCAUAUUUCCUCUCCAUGCAAGCAUUUUUCUAUUCAGGCCUUUCACUCACUCCCAGCUGCUCCAGUUUUUCAAGAAUUUCCUCGUGUUUUCAGGAAUUUAAGAAGGUUCUCAAAGUGAUUGUCUGGUGUGACAUUAUUCCACGGAUUAACCAUGAAGACAAGCCAAUCUCUCUUGAUGUUGUCAGGUAACUUGCUUUCUAUGGAUCUGAUCACUAGAGGGUUGUUGAUGGCGCCUGUGUUUCCAAGCUCCGUGAGGUCAUCCAGGGCCUUCUCUAUAGUUUGGAUCAUGUCGAUAACUUUCCUAGGCUGUUUUGCCCUUAAAGCAGGACUUUUCUCCAGAUCCUCCAUUAUCUCCAAGGCAAUUGUAGGCUUGUUUCCAUACCUGUUCUCCAGAUCCUCCAUUAUCUCCAAGGCUUGUUUCCAUACCUGUUCUCCAGAUCCUCCAUUAUCUCCAAGGCUUGUUUCCAUACCUGUUCUCCAGCACCCUGAACAUGUCCUCAGCAGUGUUGUGAGAAGACAAACGGAGGUCUCUGCAUAUCCUCUCAUCUCUCCUGUCAAUGAGUUGGAUCUUCUUUACUUCGACUGAGCCUGUUGGUUCCCCCUGCUUUUGCAGACUCUCCCAGUCUCUUCUCCAUCGAUGGACAUUUCUUUUAUACCCACUGAACCUGGGUAGACAGAUUGGCUUUAUCCUCAGUGCUGUGAGAAAUCCUGCCCUCCUUGCUUCAAGGUUGUUGCCGAAUGCCUUCAGAUCCUUCACUCUGCCUCCCAGCCUUUCCUUUUCCGCCACUGGAAUCCACAUCUCCCACUCUGCUAGGCUUGCGAUUGCAUUUUGGAUUGCAUUUUGGAAUAGUGUUUUCACACUAUCCCACCGUAGCUCAAAGCCAUCUUUGUUUACAGCGGUAACAGGUAUCUGAGCAACUCCAUCACUGGCUGUCUCGGCUUCAUGGAUUGCAGACUUCACCUCAUUCUCACCGUAUCUAGGCCAUAGAUUGGACCAUCUCCCUGACCUUCAUCCAAUCGUGCUUCGCAUUCUUGGAACGUCUUCUCAAGUUCAGUCUGCUGCUCCUUGCUCAGUUCAGCUUCUUCACCCUCAUCGGUUCCAGCUUCAAUGUCUGCCAGAAGGCCAGCCCUGUAUUCGUCAUUUGUCUCACUGACCGUCCUCGCCUCCGACUUGAGCUUCUUGAACUCCUCUUGUAGUUCUCUUUUAGUCAUGUGCUUUGCGCCUCUGCUGAGGAAGUUUGCCUGCUUGGUAAAAGUGCUUUUAGCUAAAGUUAUUUUUUGCUUCAGCUCCUUCACUGUUAUUCCAAGAGCUUCCUCCGCCAUGUUGAGAUGUCAGUCAAUACUCCUCUCUGCGACGACAGCUUUCCUGACUUCAGGCCGUUAAUCCUUUUGUCUUCACUGCCACGCCGGUUAUCAACUGUCAAGUUGUGUAUGGUUCACACUGCAGCUCUUUGACCAAACUUGAAAAAGGCCUCUUUAAGGACUGAAGGACGCAAGGGACAACUCAAUUUUCUUCUGACUUAUUUUAUUUAAUUCCAGUUCGUUAGUUAGUUAGUUAGUUAGUUAGUCAGUUAGUCAGUUAGUUAGUUAGAUAGUUAGGUUGAUAACCUUUAAAGGCAAAACACAUAAAUAAAUAUACAUUACUUCAAGUAAGGUCAUUUCAAAUUAAAUAUAUAAUCUCAAUGUAGUCAUAUUAUCUAAAUUAUACUAUAUAUACUAAAUUAGACAAUUGGUCUCAAUUCUCAACACAAAUAAACACCUAACUGGCAACAAUUUUACACACCAAUGUCCAUGUGCCGACCGGUUGAGUCUCCAGAAUCCUAAAUGAGCUGAAUGUGUAUGAAUGAGAGUCUCCUCUUCCAUGAAGGAACUCCAGUGAAAUGAUUUUUCACCAAACAUUUCACCACCUGCUGUCACAAAGGUGCACCUGUAUAUAUGUUCCCCAGGGAAACACAAGCUAAUGAUGGGUUCCACAAUGCAUACACUUUUUCGCCCCCUGCUGGUAUUUUAUCUUUGAAAUAAGUUGAAAAUGUGAAUGCCUUGAAUAUGAAUACCUGUCUUUUGACGCAACACACACAAACACGUAAGCACACACAUGCACUUUCUCCCACUCCCACUCAGUGUGUAAUGUGUGUGUGUGUGCAGAUCAAGCAGCAGCAUCCUGAUGUGAAGGAGAAGUAUCUGGCAGAGUACUGUUUCUCUGGGAGCUACAUCCUCUCUCUACUGACUGACGGAUACAACUUCACCUCAGACACCUGGACACACAUCACAUUCAUCAAGAAGGUCAGACACACACACCUGUCGAUAUAAACAGGCCUGUAGAAACAUGUUCUCUGUAUUGAUAGCUGAUGACUUUUAAGAGUUGGUAGAAACAUGUUCUCUGUAUUGAUAGCUGAUGACUGUUAAGAGUUGGUAGAAACAUGUUCUCUGUAUUGAUAGCUGAUGACUGUUAAGAGUUGGCAUGUUGUUAGUAGUAAAAUAUGCAUUCAUGUCAUACUAUCAGUCUUCAUGUUCAAGUUUUUAUUCACAAGUACAGUGAAAUGCCUUUUUUGCAAGCUCUUUUCCCAACAAUGCAGUAAUCAAUAUCAGUAUAGUACUAUAAAAUAGAGUAAAGUCUAACAAAAACACAGUAGAAAUAUAAAAAUAAGAAAUAAGGAGAACAUUAUAAAGUAUGUAAGCUGUAUACAUGGUCAGUUCCAAUACCAUAUUAACGAUGUGCAGGGAUACUGUAGUGAUGGAGGUAGAUAUGUAUAGGGAUAUGUGCCAUUAAACCCCUACAACUCAUCCAGAAUGCCACAGCCCGUCUGGUGUUCAACCUUCCCAAGUUCUCUCACGUCACCCCGCUCCUCCGCACACUCCACUGGCUUCCAGUUGAAGCUUGCAUCUGCUACAAGACCAUGGUGCUUGCCUACGGAGCUGUGAGGGGAACGGCACCUCCGUACCUUCGGGCUCUGAUCAGUCCCUACACCCAAACGAGGGCAUUGCGUUCAUCCACCUCUGGCCUGCUGGCUCCCCUUCCUCUGCGGAAGCAUAGUUCCCGCUCAGCCCAGUCAAAACUGUUCGCUGCUCUGGCACCCAAUGGUGGAACAAGCUCCCUCACGACGCCCAGGACAGCGGAGUCACUCACCACCUUCCGGAGACACUUGAAAACCCCACCUCUUUAAGGAAUACCUGGGAUAGGAUAAAGUAAUCCUUCUACCCCCCCCCCCCCCCCCCCCAAAAAAAAAAAACAUAUUGUAAAGUGGUUAUCCCACUGGCUAUAAGGUGAAUGCACCAAGUUGUAAGUCACUCUGGAUAAGAGCGUCUGCUAAAUGACGUAAAUGGAGUGAUAGAUAUGUUUUUAUUUUGUAUGUUUGAUAUAUAUAUAUAUUUUUUUAGUUAUUUAGCAGCUGCUCUUAUCCAGAGCGACUAACAGUUAGUGAGUGCGUACAUUUUAAUUUUUUCAUACUGGCCCCCGUGGGAAUCGAACCCACCACCCUGGCGUUGCAAGCGCCUUGCUCUACCAACUGAGUUACACGGGGGGAAGGUGACUAGGCAUCAGGAUAUAUGAUCAACAGAGUGUUGAACAAGUUGAGGAGACUCAAUUACUUGGCGUUACCUUAGAUUGUAAACUGUCAUGGUCAAAACAUAGAGAUUCAAUGGUUGUACAGAUGGGGAGAGGUCUGUCCAUAAUAAAGAGAUGCUCUGCUGUUUUGACACCACCCUCCAAAAAGCAAUUCCUGCAGGCUCUAGCUUUGUCAGAACAGAACAGCACGUCUUGCUCUUCAUUGUAAUCAGAGGGCUGAUAUAAAUACUAUGCAUGCCAGUCUCUCUUGGCUAAGAGUUGACGAGAGACUGACUGCAUCACUUCUUGUUUUUAUAAGAAACAUUAAUGUGUUGAAAAUCCCAAAUCUUUUGCAUAGUCAAUUUACACACAGCUGACACACACACUUACCCCACCAGAACAUGCCACCAGGGGUCUUUUCACAGUCCUGACACACACACUUACCCCACCAGACAUGCAACCAGGGGUCUUUUCACAGUCCCCAGGUCCAGAACAAAUUCAAGAAAGUGUACAGUAUGAUAUAGAGCCAUUAUUGCAUGAAACUCCGUCCCAUCUCAUAUUGCUCAAAUGAACAGCAAAACCUGGUUUCAAAAAACAGAUAAAGCAACACCUCACGGCACAACGCCUCUCCCCUAUUUGACCUAGAUAGUUUGUGUGUAUGUAUUGAUAUGUAGGCUACGUGUGCCUUGAGCUGUUGUUGUCUAUUCAUGUUCUGUAUUAUGUCAUGUUUCAUGUUUUGUGUGGACCCCAGGAAGAGUAGCUGCUGCUUUCACAACAGCUAAUGGGGAUCCUAAUAAAAUACAAAAAAUACCAAUCAUUUAGAUUCUAUAUCCUGACCUGAACAAUGUUCUCUACUGAGGAUCAUUUAGAUUCUAUAUCCUGACCUGAACAAUGUUCUCUACUGAGGAUCAUUUAGAUUCUAUAUCCUGACCUGAACAAUGUUCUCUACUGAGGAUCAUUUAGAUUCUAUAUCCUGACCUGAACAAUGUUCUCUACUGAGGAUCAUUUAGAUUCUAUAUCCUGACCUGAACAAUGUUCUCUACUGAGGAUCAUUUAGAUUAUAUAUCCUGACCUGAACAAUGUUCUCUACUGAGGAUCAUUUAGAUUCUAUAUCCUGACCUGAACAAUGUUCUCUACUGAGGAUCAUUUAGAUUCUAUAUCCUGACCUGAACAAUGUUCUCUACUGAGGAUCAUUUAGAUUAUAUAUCCUGACCUGAACAAUGUUCUCUACUGAGGAUCAUUUAGAUUAUAUAUCCUGACCUGAACAAUGUUCUCUACUGAGGAUCAUUUAGAUUCUAUAUCCUGACCUGAACAAUGUUCUCUACUGAGGAUCAUUUAGAUUCUAUAUCCUGACCUGAACAAUGUUCUCUACUGAGGAUCAUUUAGAUUAUAUAUCCUGACCUGAACAAUGUUCUCUACUGAGGAUCAUUUAGAUUCUAUAUCCUGACCUGAACAAUGUUCUCUACUGAGGAUCAUUUAGAUUCUAUAUCCUGACCUGAACAAUGUUCUCUACUGAGGAUCAUUUAGAUUAUAUAUCCUGACCUGAACAAUGUUCUCUACUGAGGAUCAUUUAGAUUAUAUAUCCUGACCUGAACAAUGUUCUCUACUGAGGAUCAUUUAGAUUAUAUAUCCUGACCUGAACAAUGUUCUCUACUGAGGAUCAUUUAGAUUCUAUAUCCUGACCUGAACAAUGUUCUCUACUGAGGAUCAUUUAGAUCUACAGUUUAAGUCGGAAGUUUACAUACACCUUAGCCAAAUACAUUUAAACUCAGUUUUCACAAUUCCUGACAUUUAAUCCUAGUACAAAUUCCCUGUCUUAGGUCAGUUAGGAUCACCACUUUAUUUUAAGAAUGUGAAAUGUCAGAAUAAUAGUAGAGAGAAUGAUUUAUUUCAGCUUUUAUUUCUUUCAUCACAUUCCCAGUGGGUCAGAAGUUUACAUACACUCAAUUAGUAUUUGGUAGCAUUGCCUUUAAAUUGUUUAACUUGGGUCAAAUGUUUCAGAUAGCCUUCCACAAGCUUCCCAAAAUAAGUUGGGUGAAUUUUGGCCCAUUCCUCCUGACAGAGCUGGUGUAACUGAGUCAGGUUUGUAGGCCUCCUUGCUCGCACACACUUUUUCAGUUCUGCCCACCCAUUUUCUAUAGGAUUGAGGUCAGGGCUUUGUGAUGGCCACUCCAAUACAUUGACUUUGUUGUCCUUAAGCCGUUUUGCCAAUACUUUGGAAGUAUACUUGGGGUCAUUGUCCAUUUGGAAGACCCAUUUGCGACCAAGCUUUAACAUCCUGACUGAUGUCUUGAGAUGUUGCUUCAAUAUAUCCACAUAAUUUUCCUUCCUCAUGAUGCCAUCUAUUUUGUGAAGUGCACCAGUCCCUCCUGCAGCAAAGCACCCCCACAGCAUGAUGCUGCCACCCCCGUGCUUCACGGUUGGGAUGGUGUUCUUCGGCUUGCAAGCCUUCCCCUUUUUCCUCCAAACAUAACGAUGGUCAUUAUGGCCAAACAGUUCUAUUUUUGUUUCAUCAGACCAGAGGACAUUUCUCAAAAAAGUACGAUCUUUGUCCCCAUGUGCAGUUGCAAACCGUAGUCUGGCUUUUUUAUGGCGGUUUUGGAGCAGUGGCUUCUUCCUUGCUGAGCAGCCUUUCAGGUGAUGUCGAUAUAGGACUCGUUUUACUGUGGAUAUAGAUACUUUUGUACCCGUUUCCUCCAGCAUCUUCACAAGGUCCUUUGCUGUUGUUCUGGGAUUGAUUUUCACUUUUUGCACCAAAGUACGUUCAUCUCUAGGAGACAGAACGCGUCUCCUUCCUGAGCGGUAUGACGGCUGCGUGGUCCCAUGGUGUUUAUACUUGCAUACAAUUGUUUGUACAGAUGAACGUGGUACCUUCAGGCAUUUGGAAAUUGCUCCCAAGGAUGAACCAGACUUGUUGAGGUCUACAAUUUAUUUUCUGAGGUCUUAGCUGAUUUCUUUUGAUUUUUCCCAUGAUGUCAAGCAAAGAGGCACUGAUUUUGAAGGUAGGCCUUGAAAUACAUCCACAUGUACACCUCCAAUUGACUCAAAUGAUGUCAAUUAGCCUAUCAGAAGCUUCUAAAGCCAUGACAUCAUUUUCUGGAAUUUUCCAAGCUGUUUAAAGGCACAGUCAACUUAGUGUAUGUAAACUUCUGACCCACUGGAAUUGUGAUACAGUGAAUUAUAAGUGAAAUCAUCUGUCUGUAAACAAUUGUUGGAAAAAUGACUUGUGUCAUGCACAAAGUAGAUGUCCUAACCGACAUGCCAAAACUAUAGUUUGUUAACAAGACAUUUGUGGAGUGGUUGAAAAAGUAGUUUUAAUGACUCCAACCUAAGUGUAUGUAAACUUCCGACUUCAACUGUAUAUCACUCCCCUUAUCACGUAGACUGGGAUAUGUUCCGGGUAGCCUCUGAGAAUAAUAUAGACGCAUACACUGAUUCAGUGAGUGGGUUUAUAAGGAAGUGUAUAGGAGAUGUCGUACCCACUCUGACUAUUAAAACCUACCCUAACCAGAAACCGUAGAUAGAUGGCAGCAUUCGCGAAAAACUGAAAGCACGAACCACCGCAUUUAACCAUGGCAAGGUGACUGGGAAUAUGGCAGAAUACAAACAGAGUGGUCGUUCCCUCCGCAAGGCAGUCAAACAGGCUAAACGUCAAUAUCGAGACAAAGUGGAGUCACAAUUCAACGGCUCAGACACGAGACGUAUGUGGCAGGGUCUACAGACAAUCACGGACUACAAUAGGAAAACCAGCCACAUCGCGGACACCGACGUCUUGCUUCCAGACAAGCUAAACAUCUUCUUUGCCCACUUUGAGGAUAACACAGUGCCACCGACGCGGCCAGCUACCAAGGACUGUGGGCUCUCCUUCUCCAUGGCCGACGUGAGUAAGACAUUUAAGCGUGUUAACCCCCGCAAGGCUGCCGGCCCAGACGGCAUCCCUAGCCGCGUCCUCAGAGCAUGUGCAGACCAGCUGGCUGGUGAGUUUACGGACAUAUUCAGUCUCUCCCAAUCCCAGUCUGCGGUCCCCACAUGCUUCAAGAUGGCCACCAUUGUUCCUGUACCCAAGAAUACAAAGGUAACUGAGCUAAAUGACUAUAAUGACUAUCGCCCCGUAGCAUUCACUUCUAUCAUCAUGAAGUGCUUUGAGAGACUAGUCAAGGAUCAUAUCACCUCAUGGUCCUCUGUAGCUCAGCUGGUAGAGCACGGCGCUUGUAACGCCAAGGUAGUGGGUUCGAUCCCCGGGACCACCCAUACACAAAAAAAUGUAUGCACGCAUGACUGUAAGUCGCUUUGGAUAAAAGCGUCUGCUAAAUGGUGUAUUAUAUUAUUAUUAUUAUUUACCUUACCUGUCACCCUAGACUCACUUCAAUUUGCUCACCGCCCCAAUAGGUCCACAGAUGAUGCAAUCGCCAUCACACUGCACACUGCCCUAUCCCAUCUGGACAAGAGGAAUACCUAUGUAAGAAUGCUGUUCAUUGACUAUAGCUCAGCAUUCAACACCGUAGUACCUUCCAAGCUCAUCUCCACUUCACUGAUCCUCAACGCUGGGGCCCCACAAGGGUGUGUGCUCAGCCCCCUCCUGUACUCCCUGUUCACCCAUGACUGCAUAGCCAUGCACGCCUCCAACAAGUAUGCAGACGACACAACAGUAGUAGGCUUGAUUACCAACAACGAUGAGUCAGCCUACAGGGAGGAGGUGAGGGCUCUCAGAGUGUGGUGUCAGGAGAAUAACCUCUCACUCAACAUCAACAAAACAAAGGAGAUGAUCGUGGACUUCAGGAAACAGCAGAGGGAGUACCCCCCUAUCCACAUUGACGGGACAGCAGUGGCGAAGGUGGAAAGUUUUAAGUUCCUCGGCGUACAUAUCACUGACAAACUGAAAUGGUCCACCCCACACAGACAGUGUGGUGAAGAAGGCGCAACAGAGCCUCUUCAACCUCAGGAGGCUGAAGAAAUUUGGCUUGGCCCCUAAGAUCCUCACAAACUUUUACAGAGUCACAAUUAAGAGCAUCCUGUCGGGCUGUAUCACCGCCUGGUACAGCAACUGCACCGCCCGCAACCGCAGGACUCUCCAGAGGGUGGUGCGGUCUGCCCAACGCAUCACCGGGGGCACACUGCCCGCACUCCAGGACACCUACAGCACCCGAUGUCACAGGAAGGCCAAAAAGAUAAUCAAGGACAACUACCACCCGAGCCACUGCCUGUUCACCCCGCUAUCAUCCAGAAGGCGAGGUCAGUACAGGUGCAUCAAAGCUGGGACCGAGAGACUGAAAAACAGCUUCUAUCUCAAGGCCAUCAGACUGUUAAAUAGCCAUCACUAGCACAGAGAGGCAGCUGCCUACAUACAGACUUGAAAAUCACUGGCCACUUUAAUAAAUGGAACACAGGUCACUUUAAUAAUGCCACUUUAUUUGUUGUUAUUCUGUCUCUCACUGUUUAAAUAAACCUACCAUUAAAAUUAUAGACUGAUCAUUUCUUUGUCAGUGGGCAAACUUACAAAAUCAGCAGGGGAUCAAAUACUUCUUUUCCAUCACUGUAUAUAUUCUUAUUCCAUUCCUUUACUUAGAUUUCUGUGUAUUAGAUAUUUGUAGUGGAACUGUUAGAUAUUACUUGCUAGAUAUUACUGCACUGUCGGAACUAGAAGCACAAGCAUUUCACUACACUAGCAAUAACAUCUGCUAACCAUGUGUAUGUGACCAAUACAUUUGAUUUGAUUUGAUUUUGAUUUGACCUGAACAAUGUUCUCUACUGAGGAUCAUUUAGAUUCUAUAUCCUGUUCUCUUGACUUUCUGAAAUAUAUCUUCAACACUGACUGUAAUGUUUUGUGUGUUUGUGUGUGUGUGUGUGUAGAUUUCAGGUAGUGAUGCAGGUUGGACGUUGGGCUACAUGCUGAAUCUGACCAAUAUGAUUCCAGCCGAGGCUCCAGACACUCCUCCUCUUCCUCACGCCGGCUACAUCACCCUCCAAUUCUUCAUCUCUCUCCUCCUCUUCUUCUUCCUCCUCUUCCUCCUCUUCCUCAGUCUCCGAUCCCGGUGGCCGCGCUGCAACUCCCAGACACAGAUGAUA